GCGUAGUAUUAUUCCUUAUUAUCACUAAGAAGCUCAAUCAUGUGCUCCCCCCCUGGUCCGCGGAGGUCCGUGUUGCUAUACGGGUUCCUCCUACUUGCUCCUUCUUUGAAAAACGUUUGUAAACUUCUAGAAAAAUACUUCUUAUCUUUGAAUUUUGAUGACAGUUUAUCAACAGAUUAUUUCCAUCCAACGUUACGAUGUGCAGAUAGGCAAGGGCAAUAAUUAGUAAUUAUAAUUAAUAUAGGGGGAUUUCCAUUGGUUUAAGGGUGUUAUAAAAAUACCUGAAGGCCCUCUCAAUGAUAGGAUUAUAAAGUAGAGCACGCACGAUGUGUUCGUGCAGCUAGGAGUAGGUAUAAAAUUUGUAGUCUAGUUAAUGUUGUUUGUCUAACAAAAUGGGUUGUGUGUGUUGUUCCCUUAGCUCUUUCGUCUCCAUUCUCCUAGAUGCACUUGAAAGAAUAUCGUUAUGCACGGUGUGUGCUAUGUUGACGUGCUGUCUCCUGUUUACUAUAAUCACUGUGAUGGUCUUGGGUAUUGGUAUUGGUUUCCAUUACUGUUUUGUCCAGAGUUCAGUAGAGGCUAUGGGAAGGGCAGCAAAAGCCGCCGGUGCUUUGCGUUCGGGGCAAGCGCAACCAGGCCCCGUGAUGAGGUCCGUGGACUCGGCCCUGCGGCGGGGAGGCCCUCCCAAGACCGACACCUAUCGCGAACGACGCGAAGCCGACUACCCUCCACUCACCAACAAUAACACCCUGAACCGACUCAACUCCACUUUACUCACCCACAACCUAACCAGCGUCGAUUAUAUACAAUUUUUCAACAUAACAAAUCAAAAUUUCACUAAUAUAUGAUUGUACCUAUACCUAAUGUCGUUUGAUCCUAA